AUGUUUCGUGCGGACCGUGCGCGUCUGCCACCGGCGUUUGAGGCGUACCGUUUGGUGGACUCGUCAGAGGUCCAGGUACAUACCUACCCGCUCUCAGAGCAUGCCAAUACGUACCAUUCCAAUGCGGCCACCACGUUGGGGUACAAAGAGCUGAAAGCGCGCGCGAGGCAAGAGCCCUUGGCUACAUCCUCUGGCACGGUCCUCGCGUAUGUCAGCGAGCAUAACACGGUGGUGUUUAUGCGUGCAGAUGAUCUGUAUGAGCCUAUGCUUCAAUGUCCACUUCCCCCUGAUAUGUGUACCGAUGGCUCCGAGCACAUGCCGAGUGUGUAUGGCCUAGACGAUGCAACGUGGAUCGUCAGUGGUAGCGAUACGUUUGUGUGGGUGCUUUCUCUUGCGAUGGACGAGUCUAGCGUGUCAUAUACAUCCAAACUCGUGUCUGUGCCAGCGUUGGUGACACCUGGCACGCCUUUGCCAUGGUACGUCGUACAUGCCUUGCGCCAGGACGAGAGUAUACAUAUGGUCUUACAGCGUGCGCGUCGUACAUCCUCCGAUGCGAGCACGACGACUCGCAUGCGCACAGAUUUUGAUCUUAUUCUUCUACAUGCGACGUUCGAGUCGGCCUCGGCCGUCUCGCUACGAUGGCAUGUGUGCUGCGACGAGCCAUGUACCUGGCUCGAUAGCGAUGGCCCCACGUACCUCAUCGGUUCCGAGGCACCUUUGCGUACGCCUUCUGCCCCUGCCACUGCAGAGACAAUCCAUGACAUGCCCCCUUUUGAAGCAGCGCCGUAUGCAUGGUCGCAGACCCCAGAUACAGUGAUGCUUGUAUGGACCUUGCCCCUGUCCAUCCCCAAGCAAGCUGUACGCGCACACUUUUCGCGGAAAGGACUCAGCUUGUCGCUGGCCACAGAGGCUAUGUCCGCGUCCAUCACGGAGGAGAAUGCAAGUGCGCCUGCACUGUCGCCUGCGGAAACGGCUAUUCGUGCAGGGACGUACCAAUCGCGUGCCUUGUGGGCCGACAUUGAUGUGGAUGGCAGUAUUUGGAUGUACGAAACGACGCCAUCGCAUGUCCUACUUACACUGCACCUGGCCAAGGCACAUGAAGGCACACGGUGGGUACAGGUGUUUUCGGACGAAGAUGGUGUUCUCGAGACCUUGGACCCUUCGGAUCUUAUGGCCAUGAUGGAGGGGACCCAGAAAUACGCGCAAGACGCCAUGCCGCGAUCAAGCUUGCUUCAUGAGGCGAUGGACGAGGACGAUAUGGCCGUGGGCACGACUUGGCACAUUUCCAUGGUCUAUGGCGAUGGGCGUAUCGAGACAGCCAAAGAGACCGUGACAUUUCUCGCCAAGGCCGCACCUGGACUACGUGAUCAGGCCGUAUUACUGCAGCACGACGUUGAUGCACACGUGUUUGUACCACCAAAGCCAGUGCAGCUCAGUGCAUGGCAGCAUACGGCCUCGCUACCUGGAAUGGCCUACGUCCUAGCCUCGAAGCGGGAGGCCCAUCCUGUGUACAUGGUGCGCAUGCACGAUACAACCUAUGUGUUGGCCGUGGAGCCACGGCAUAUGCCACCCGCGCUAAGUACAGGCAGUGUCAUGUACAUGUACACACUAGGCGCUCCCACAUCUACCCAUCCUACGCACGGCCAGUGCCGUGUUCUUCCUUUGGGCGAUGCUUCGACGGGGCCGGUGCUGGGCGUGAGUGUAACACGGUGGGGGCAAGUCGUCUGUCUUUGUUCAUCAGCUCUACUGGUAGUGUCGCAGGUGUGGCCGAGCGUAUCUCCCUCCACCGCUGCAGCAGAGCGUCUUUGA